UCCAUAUGCAAAGGAAAACAAAAACAUCAUGCCUGUUGGUUGUAAAGGAAAUUGUGGUAGAAAUGCAAUAUUAAAGAGACCAAAAACUGGCGAUGCACUUUGCAAGGAAUGUUUCUACAAUGCAUUCGAACUUGAAAUUCACAACACCAUUCAGAGAUCCGCUCUCUUCAAGAAAGGAGAAAAGGUUGCUGUUGCUGCAAGCGGCGGAAAAGAUUCAACCGUGCUCGCAUAUGUUUUAAAAACACUCAACGAACGUCACAAUUAUGGCUUAGAUCUUUUCCUCUUAUCAAUCGAUGAGGGAAUCACAGGUUAUCGAGAUGAUAGUUUGGAUACGGUUAAACAAAAUCGCGACGACUAUGGAAUGCCCUUAAAAAUAUUGUCUUAUGACGAAUUGUAUGGAUGGACUAUGGAUCGUAUAGUUAGUACAAUUGGAAAAAACAACAAUUGUACCUUUUGUGGAGUUUUUCGUCGUCAGGCACUCGAUCGGGGAGCAAAAUUAUUGGAAGUUGAUAAUAUAGCCACGGGACACAACGCAGAUGACAUCGCUGAAACAGUUUUAAUGAACAUUUUACGAGGAGAUACUGCACGUUUAGGACGUUGUACAGAAAUUAAGACAAGUGGCGGAGGAGAAGAUGCAAUUCCAAGAGUUAAACCAUUAAAAUACACUUACGAAAAGGAAAUUGUGAUGUACGCUUAUUUCAAGAAGCUCGUAUACUUUUCAACAGAAUGCAUAUAUGCGCCAAAUGCAUAUCGUGGUCAUGCUCGAGCCUUUUUAAAAGAUUUGGAAAAAAUUCGACCUUCGGUAAUAAUGGAUAUCAUUCAUUCAGGAGAGCAAUUAGCCUUCAAAGAUACCGUAAAAUUGCCUGAAAGGGGAAUUUGUAGCACUUGCGGAUUCGUAUCUUCCAUGCAACCCUGUAAGGCUUGCGUUUUGUUAGAAGGACUCAACAAGGGAUUGCCCAAACUUGGAAUAGGAAAGAAAUCAAAAGGCGAUCGAUUGAGGAAAAGUCAUGAAAUGGCACAAAAAUUUGAUGCAGCACACAAAGUAAAAAAUGAUUUUUAAUAAAAAUAAAAAAAAAAAAAUUUAUUCAAAAAAAAAAAUGAAUAAAUAAAAACCACAACCAAUGAAAAAUGUCAAAACUUUUUUAGUUUUUG